UACUUGCAGAAGGUUGUCAAUGGCAGCCUUGAACUUCCUGCGUACGACCUGAACCCAGACGGAACCAUCAAGAUCUACUACAGCGAAGUCUUUUGUCGGGUGGAGGAUUGUUCGCGUGCCCAGCACCAUUAUAGUGCCACGAACAAUUUAGUUUUGCACAUCAAGAGCCAUGAGGGCAUUCAUCUGCAGGAGGGCCAGAAGGGCGGUCGGAUUGCUCAGAAGGUGGUCGAUGCUGCUGUCAAGUGGUACAAAGGCUUGAUGUUGGGGGCUGAGGCUGAGGUGCCCAGUGCCAUUGGAUCUAGGUCUGAGGCAGAGGACGGGGCAUCGGAGAGACCUCCUUUGCCAAUGAAGAAGAACGGGGGUGUGCAUGUGACAGACAUGCGAAAGCAGGUGGUCCUCAUGGGCCAUAAGAUCCCCUGUUCCGCUUGUGGUAAUCGUAAUAAUUGCUGUAAGGACAUGGAGAGCUGUGAGUACUUCCAUCUCUUUCAGCAUGACAUGGACUAG